AUGACAGAUACAAAACCGAAUGUUAUAUUCGUCAUCGGCGCGCCCGGAUCUGGUAAAGGUACACAAUGUAAACGAAUUGUCAAAAACUUUGAUUACGUUCAUCUAUCAGUUGGUGAUCUUCUCCGAAAAGAAGCCGAGAAAUCUGAUACCAAUUUGGGCAAACAACUGCUAGAUCACAUGAAAAAUGGUUCUCUCGCUUCGACAGAACUUGUUUGCAAAUUAUUGGAUGAAACAAUGAAGAAGGAAAACAAAAGAAACUAUCUAAUUGAUGGAUUUCCAAGGGAUAAGCAGAACGUGGAUGGAUGGGACAAGGCAAUGAAUGAUAAAAUAAAUCUUCAGUGUGUGUUAGUUUUUGAUUGUGAUGAAAAGGUACGAAGAAAAAAUACUAGUACCACUCGAUGUCUCGAACGUGGUAAGAGCAGCGGACGGGCAGAUGACAAUGAAGAAAGUUUGAAAAAACGCCUAGUCACCUACAAUGAAUCGACUCGGCCAAUAAUUGAAUUGUAUGAAAAAGAAAAUUUAGCCCAUAAGAUUGAUGCUUCGAAAGAUGUCGAUCAGAUCUUUGAAGAUGUUCAAAACAUAAUGAAGAAUCUCAAAUGA